GGAGCGGGGGCGGAGAGCGCGCACGGAGACGGCAGCGGGUCAACCAGCGACCCGCGGGUCUCCUCCGAAGGGAUUGAAGUUCAGCUCGGGCCUCGAAAGAGCUCCGGGAAAACAUGAAUCUGUUCCUGGAGCUUCUCCUGUUCCUGGCCACGCUCCUCUACUCCUACCUGGAGGCUUUCGUGAAGCUGUUCGUGCCUGUGAGGAGAAAGUCUCUCAGCGGGGAGCUGGUGCUCAUCACGGGCGCUGGCCAUGGCGUCGGGAGAGCGACCGCCCUGGAGUUCGCCAAGCGCCAGAGCAGACUGGUUCUGUGGGACAUCAAUAAGCACGGCAUUGAGGAGACGGCAGCAGAAUGCCAGAAGCUGGGAGCCACUGUUCAAACCUUUGUGGUGGACUGCAGCAAACGGGAGGAGAUCUACAGCGCUGCAGACAAGGUGAAGAAGGAUAUUGGGGAUGUGACUAUCCUGGUGAACAAUGCUGGUGUGAUUACACCUGCUGACUUUCUCUCGACUCAGGACCACCAAAUAGAAAGGAUGUUUGAAGUCAACAUUCUGGGUCACAUGUGGACCACAAGAGCUUUCCUGCCAGUCAUGAUGAACAAUAACUACGGGCACAUUGUCACGGUGGCUUCAGCAGCAGGUCAUUUUGUGGUUCCCUUCAUGGUAGCAUAUUGCUCAAGCAAGUUUGCUGCAGUUGGAUUUCAUAAAGCUCUGACAGAGGACCUGUCUGCCCUGGGAAAGGAUGGAAUAAAAACAACGUGCCUUUGUCCGGUUUUUAUAAACACUGGCUUUGUCAAAAACCCCCGUACAAGACUUGGAAAGAUUUUGGAGAUUGAAGAAGUCGUAGAGGCUUUGAUGGAAGGAAUAGUGACCAACCAGAAAAUGGUUUUUGUUCCACCACAGCUAAACAUUGCUUUGCUUUCUGAAAUGGUUUUUCCAGAACGUGCCCUGAACCUUCUGAAGAAGAUGACCAUUCCAAAGUUUGAUGCAGUCAUUGGGCAGAGAAGCACCCAGUGAAAAGCAAGAAUUUAUUCUCAUUUCCCAGAGGCACCAGUGAAAACAGAACAUGUGCUGAGCAUAGUUCAGCUGGCUUGAUUCAGAAAAGAGCUCAGGCAGGUGCUUCCAGACCACCAUUCCCAGGCACACCUAAGGGCUUAUUCCACACCUGCAGCUGGAGCACACCUGCAUAACAGGGAGUGUUAGCAAAGCAGUGAUGCAGCUCUAGAAGGGCUGCUUUUAAUGUACAUCCCAUCACCUUUGUCUCAUUGUGCUGAGGCAGGCAGCAUGCCCACAAAGCCCGUGUUUGCCCACAGCUCCCUAGUUGACUGCAAAGGGAUUACCUGACAACACGUUCAUCUGGACUCAUCCCUGAGCAAAAGCAUCUUGCAAGAAGCAAUUUAUAGAGGUGGGUGGCCUAUUUCAUCUCACUUAAUAAUUUUAAGUUAAAAAAAAUUUGCUCUAAUGAACACUUACAGUUUUGUGUGCAUUUGUAAUGAGCAUUAUUGAACUAAUUAUUUGUAUUAUUAAUUAUAUGUAAUUAUUGAAAUUAUUGAUUAUAUGUGAUUAUUGAGAUAAUACAGCCUUUUUUGUAAUGUAAUGCCUAAUUACAACAUUUAUCAAUUAUGCAUUUGCACCACCAACACUCCAUAUUACAAAUAAAUACAUUUUUCUAACCCAAA